CGUGCUGGGUGGAGUUGGGGCUGCUCGGUGGCCGCGCCUGGGACGCACCCCUCCUUCCCGGAGGCGGCCAGGACUGUGGGAGAAGAUGGAAACUUUGUCUUUCCCCAGAUAUAAUGUAGCUGAGAUUGUGAUUCAUAUUCGCAAUAAGUUGUUAACCGGAGCUGAUGGGAAAAACCUCUCUAAGAAUGACCUUUAUCCAAAUCCAAAGCCUGAAGUCUUGCACAUGAUCUACAUGAGAGCCUUACAAAUUGUUUAUGGAAUACGACUGGAACAUUUUUACAUGAUGCCAGUGAACUCUGAAGUCAUGUAUCCACAUAUAAUGGAAGGUUUUUUACCAGUCAGCAAUUUAUUUAUUCAUCUGGACUCAUUUCUGCCCAUCUGCAGGGUGAAUGACUUUGAGAUUGCUGAUAUUCUAUAUCCAAAAGCAAAACGGACAAGUCGGUUUUUAAGUGGCAUUAUUAACUUCAUUCACUUCAGAGAAGAAUGCCGUGGCACAUAUAUGGAGUUUCUCAAGCAAUAUAAAACCUCUGUGGACAAAAUGCAGCAGUUGAAUAUUGCACACCAGGAGGCACUGAUGAAGCUGGAGAGACUUGAUUCUGUUCCAGUUGAAGAGCAGGAAGAGUUCAAGCAACUUACGGAUGAUAUUCAGGAUCUGCAGCAAUCACUGAACCAAGAGUUUCGUCAAAAAACGACAGUGCUGCAAGAGGGAAAUUCCCAAAAGAAAUCAGAUAUCUCAGAGAAGACUAAGCGCUUGAAUGAACUGAAAUUGUUAGUGGUUUCUUUGAAAGAAGUACAAGACAAUUUAAAAACAAAGAUUGUGGAUUCCCCAGAAAAGAUAAAGAAUUACAGAGAAAAAAUGAAAGAUACAGUCCAGAAGCUGAAACAUUCCAGGCAAGAAGUGAUGGAGAAGUAUGAAAUCUAUAGAGACUCAGUUGACUGCCUGCCUUCAUGUCAGCUGGAGGUGCAGCUGUAUCAAAAGAAAAUACAGGACCUUGCAGAUAAUAGAGAAAAAUUAACCAGUAUCUUAAAAGAGAGCCUGAACUUGGAGGACCAAAUUGAAAGCGAUCAGUCAGAACUAAAGAAAUUAAAGACUGAAGAAAAUUCAUUCAAAAGACUGAUGAUUGUAAAGAAAGAAAAGCUUGCCACAGCACAAUUCAAAAUAAACAAGAAACAUGAAGACAUCACACAGUACAAACGGACAGUAAUUGAGGAUUGCAAUAAAGUUCAAGAAAAAAGAGGUGCUGUCUGUGAGCGAGUAACCACAAUUAAUCAAGAAAUCCAGAAAAUUAAAUUUGCAAUUCAGCAACUAAAAGAUGCCACUGAAAGAGAAAAACUAAAGUCCCAGGAGAUAUUUGUGAGCUUGAAAACGGCUUUGGAGAAAUACCACGAAGGCAUUGAAAAGGCCACGGAGGAGUGUGCCACCCGGAUAGACAAGAAGUCAGCUGAGCUGAAGAGGAGAAUGUUCCGAAUGUCAAGCUGACAACACAGGCUACAUGGCUUCUGCAAAUAGUCUGCCGGCUUUUCAUUUCUAUUGGGGAAGAGAGUAGUUACAUGGAAGCUAAUGAAAGAUUCAGAAAUACCAAUAAUGUUGGCCCAAUCAGUGUUUAUAUACCCUCAUUUUAUAAGGCUUUACAUUUAAUGUGGACUUUUUUAAAUUUAUAAUUAAAGCAACUUUCAUAGUUUUCCA